AUGGCUAGAGACAUCAGCUUCAGGGACUCCCGCCGCGCCCGCCGCGCGGAGACCGCCACCAGGCCCUCCGCCGCCACUGAACAUACCAACAUUGAACACAUUACGGCGGGAACGAGUAGUACUGGCAUCAGCUUCACCACGACGAAGACAGCUCCUAGCACAAACCUCCCCCACUCGCUCGGCGCGCUCAACUACGUGCUCGAAACGGCGUCGGAAAAGGCGCAAGAUGUAUACAAGCGGGAAAUCGACAACGCGGAGCGAGGCGACCCGGCCAUUGUCAUCGCCGCCGACACCAUCAUCGUCGCGCACUCGGGCAAGAUAUUGGAGAAGCCGCGAGGCGAAGCCGAUCAUAUCAAGAUGUUGAAGAUGCUAAGAGAUGACGGAGAGCAUAAAGUCAUGACGGCCGUGGCAGUCAUGAAACCGAACGAGAAUGGCGCGUAUCCGGGGUAUAGGAUGGCGACGCAUGUGGAGGAGACGACGGUGAGAUUCGAUGCGGCUGCAUACGUCCGCACGCGCGACGGUAACGACAAAGCCGGCGGGUACGGCAUACAAACAGCGGGCUCCAUACUCAUCGAAAAGAUUGACGGGAGCUAUGAUAAUGUGGUGGGCUUGCCGCUGCGCUCGACGCUCAAGUUGAUCGAGAAGAUUAUGAUACCUGAGGAGGAGGAGACGGGUGGGGGCAUGUUUGUGGAGAGCGAUGAGGAUUAG